AUGCUUUCCGUUGAGCAGACUUAUUCGAGGCUGUUUAGGCCGUGGGACGUAAGUGAUAAAAGUGAUGCAACUAAAGAGGAAAUUAAAAGUAAAAAGAGAAAAAUCGAAGAACAAAAACGACAGAAUCGUUUGAGGAAGAUCCGUGGAAUAUACAAGAGAGACAUCAACCAAGACGCCACUGUGUCGACGACAACUGCAGACGAAGACGUAAAAAAGCCUAUCGAUGCUGAGUCGCCAGUGACCAGUUUGAGUUUGUGCUGUGACAGACUGCUUCAGGAUCCGCAAAAAAUAGAAUUAAAGAGUCCACAUUCAGAACCUAGCCCGCUAAUGCACACAUUAUCUGAGUCACCAGGUAUACCCGUAACUCCGAUGAUGUACAACCAAAUGGUGACACCUGAAUACGCCCCUUCAGACAUUGCACAGGCAUUAGGUAUACCACCAACCGAUCCUUUACUUCUGGAAUCACUAGCCCAAGGCUACGCGAUGGAGCUCGAAUACGCGAGGAUACUCCAACAAGAAAACGAAGCGAAAUUAAUGAAUGCUAGAAAACAACGCCCAAAAAAAUACAAAUGUCCACAUUGCAACGUUGGCUUCUCGAAUAACGGUCAGCUGAAGGGUCAUAUACGGAUCCAUACUGGUGAAAGACCUUACAAAUGCGACGAAAAGAACUGCGGCAAGAGUUUCACCAGAAACGAAGAGUUGACCAGACAUAAAAGAAUACAUUCUGGCGUGAGGCCGUUUCCUUGUGCGACUUGCGGGAAGAAGUUCGGGAGAAGAGAUCAUUUGAAGAAGCACACGAGGACGCAUUUCGUGCAGGCGGAGAGGAUGAUGCCGGUAUUCGUGCCUCUAGCAGCCAUGCCUCAUGUCGCGGCGUACCCAUAUCUAUAUGGCUACUGA